GGUAUUUAUUAUAGAUUUAAUGGAGGACGUCAAAAAACUGUGCAGGAGUACUUUGUUGCAAAUCAAUCAAUGAGUGUCGUACCCGUUGCUAUUGCCAUGGUAGCUUCCUUUAUAUCUGCAAUUGGACUGCUCUCUAUAUCAGCCGAGAAUUAUAUGUACGGGACGCAAUUUGUUGUAAUAAAUCUAUCAAUUCUUUUGGGCAUUCCGAUUGUUUGUUAUGGAUUCCUACCCGUAUUUUACAAUCUGCAGGCGAUGAGCAUAUACGAGUAUUUAGAAAAGCGUUUCGGA